AUGCUUACAUACAGCACAAACUUCACGCGGUUGGUCAAUGCUCCCGAUCCUUUCCACCGUCGCCAGCAGAAUCACACGCCGUGGAGUCCUUCCUGGCGUAUUGCCAUUACUAUUGCCUUUAUUCAUGGCUAUGAGGUUGGAUAUGGAUCUCGGUUCAAAGACAAUAUUGCGCCCGACGCGACCGAGCCGGCCCGACGCACUACGUCACGUGGACUCAAUGCACUGCGAUACACCCGCCUCUCGUGCUGGACGAGCCCGAUGGUGCCGGCUAUUGACUUAUAG